UUAUUAUUUAAACCAGGUAUGACCAAGAUGGAAAUCUGGACAAAGUCAGUAUGAGAAGGAUGAUUAUAGGCUUGUGGCAGCUGUUAGACCUAUGAAGUUUAAAUAAAGUGCUUGACAUUCUGUUUUGUUACAAGCUCUUGCUGCUGCUGGUAAAUGGCUCCAAAUAGAGUUGAAAAAUUGAAAGACAGAAUUGAAAAGUUAGCCCAUGCACCACACAGUGAGCGGCUGCUGAAGGCUGCCCGGCUUCUAGCACCAUGAUGUCCUCCAAGCCUAAGGCGUGCAUCCUGGACCGUUCACUGAGCAGAGGCAAGGGUGAAGUGAAUCUCAGCCUGUUCGCCCUGCUCUUCGCCGAGAUCGUCCACUACACCCACAACCGGGUGCAGUCAGUGUCCGAGCUGCAGAACAAGCUGGCGGAGAUGGGGUAUCACGUGGGUAUCCGGAUGCUCGACCUCAUCGUUGUUCGAGAGCGGAAUCUCAAGCGGGAGACCAAGAUACUGAACAUACUGCUAUUUAUUAAGGGCACCUUCUGGAAGACCAUGUUCGGCAAGGAGGCGGACAAGCUGGAGCACGCCAAUGACGACGAGCGCAUGUACUACAUCAUCGAGAAGGAGCCGCUGGUCAGCACCUUCAUCUCGGUGCCCAAGGACAAGGGCAGCCUGAACUGCGCCGCAUUCGUCGCUGGCAUGAUCGAGGCCGUGUUGUGCGGCUCAAACUUCCGGGCCAAGGUGACGGCCCACUGGCACAAGGGCACGACGUUCAUGGUGCGCUUCGAGAGCUCGGUGCUGACCCGGGACGCGCAGGUGGACGGCCGGUAGGUGCUCACGAGCCCGGGCCACACCGGGACAGCACGAGACGGACCCGGACUGCCCCCAGCAGGGUGCGGAGCCGCGGGCCGGGUCGCGACUCGCGGCGAACUUCGGUCGCGGCCACGCGCGCCGCUGCUGGACACGGUCGCCGUCGGA